UUUUAUUUUCGUGUUUUAUAGGCGAUGGACAAUUCAAAUUGUAAUUGAGACUUUCAUUACGGCACAGUUAUUUACAAAUUGCUACAGCAGAGAAGUCCGUGGUGCUCCACAACAUUCACCCAUACAAGUUAACUCCAAAGCAUUUUAAGGAUAAGUUGAUGCAUAUAAGAGAUAGAUAAUCUAUGGUCACAACUCCAAGGUUUUAGCUCUACAACAUUUAUAGGAGGUGGCAAGUAAUUCGGUCAACUGACAGUUGGGAUCUCCGGCAGAUAGUGUUAUUUGUACAAUAAUUGACCAAAUAUAGGAAAUUAAAGAAAGAUACUUCCAGACGUAAAGUUAAACUGCGUUUACUGCCGAAAUAGAUUUUCUUAAGUGUGCCAUCGCGAUGGCUGCUCCAGCAGCCUGUACGCGCUUUUCCGAUAAUUAUGAAAUUAAGGAGGAACUUGGAAAGGGCGCCUUCUCUGUCGUCAAACGUUGUGUUCAAAAAUCAACACAAUUCGAGUUCGCAGCGAAAAUAAUCAACACAAAGAAACUCACCGCAAGAGAUUUCCAAAAAUUAGAGCGAGAAGCUAGAAUUUGCAGAAAACUACAUCAUCCUAAUAUCGUCAGACUGCACGAUAGCAUACAGGAAGAAAAUUAUCAUUAUUUGGUUUUUGAUCUUGUUACUGGUGGUGAGCUGUUUGAAGAUAUUGUUGCACGUGAAUUUUAUUCAGAGGCUGAUGCAUCGCACUGCAUCCAACAAAUUUUGGAAUCGGUUAAUCAUUGCCAUCAGAAUGGUGUGGUGCAUCGUGAUCUGAAGCCAGAAAAUUUACUAUUAGCUAGUAAAGCUAAGGGUGCAGCUGUUAAACUCGCCGACUUUGGCUUAGCCAUAGAAGUUCAGGGCGACCAUCAGGCAUGGUUCGGUUUUGCCGGCACUCCUGGCUACUUAUCGCCGGAGGUGCUCAAAAAGGAGCCAUAUGGCAAAUCGGUAGAUAUAUGGGCAUGUGGAGUUAUUUUAUAUAUUUUACUAGUCGGUUAUCCACCUUUUUGGGAUGAGGAUCAACAUCGUCUUUACUCUCAAAUAAAGGCUGGGGCAUAUGAUUAUCCAUCGCCCGAAUGGGAUACCGUAACACCUGAAGCAAAAAACUUGAUAAAUCAAAUGCUAACAGUUAAUCCAAAUAAGAGAAUUACUGCGGCUGAAGCGCUGAAGCAUCCAUGGAUUUGCCAAAGAGAGCGUGUGGCUUCGGUGGUUCAUCGCCAAGAAACUGUGGAUUGUCUCAAAAAAUUCAAUGCUCGGCGUAAACUUAAGGGUGCUAUUCUUACUACAAUGUUAGCAACCAGAAAUUUUUCAAGUAGGAGUAUGAUUACCAAGAAAGGUGAAGGAUCUCAAGUUAAGGAAUCAACAGAUUCCUCAAGUACAACACUAGAGGAUGACGACGUUAAGGGUAAAUAUAUAAUUAUUAUUGGUCUCAUGUGGCUUAUAUGUUGAUAACGGUUUAAAGUAUCUCUUUACCGCAAAAAUUUAAGGAAAGAACAGAUAUCCAAAAGUACAGCAUACGACAUAAAUGAAAGUACCUCAGAAAUUUGUUAAGCUUUAUAUGAAGUAGACAGUAUCCUAAAGCUAUUUUCUGAAUUAUUUAAUCACGACAAACAAUAUAUAAUAUUCAUAACUACUUUGCUGUAUGUAAUAUGUAAUGGUAUUAAAAUAUAGUUGACACUAAUUUAGAACAUCUAUUAAGGAA